AUGACCCUGCUGGCACUCCUUUUUGUGCUCUAUUUGCUGCUCGCACCCAAUGCUGCCCAGCAGAGCUGUCCGCAGGGCUGCCGCUGUGAAGCAGCAAACAAGGUGCAGUGUCAAGGUGAGACAAUCAGCGAGUUCCCUGCUUCAUUGCCGACGACAACUAGCAACCUCUACUUUGGCAAUACAAACAUCUCCAUCCUGAAGCCCAGCAAUUUUGAACAGCUUUCCAACGCUCUGAUCCAUUUCUGCAUGAAUGCCUCUCAACUGCGGGAGGUGGAGCCCAACACAUUUGACCAAACCCGUCACCUCAUCUCCCUCAGUUUGAUCGGAACUAAACUAAAGCAUCUCCUAGAUAGGCUCUUCAUGAAACUGGAGAGCCUUGAGACUCUCUUGCUGAGCGACAACGAUAUCGGCCGCGUCUCUCCAGAGACCUUCCGUGGGCUCGGAAAGUUAAAGAAGCUGAGCCUUUCCGGGAAUGUGCUCCAGGAGAUCCCUCAAGGCACCUUCGAUGACCUUCUGGAGUUGGAGUAUUUGUCUCUUAGGCAAAAUAAGAUACAACACCUCCCAGGCAGCCUCUUUUCGAAGCUGGAGAACCUCCGCAAGCUGUUCCUCUCCAAAAACCAGCUGUCCCGCUUGUCAGAGGGUCUGUUCCUCAACCUGAGGAACCUGGAGCAAUUAACCGUCUUUGAGAACCGGCUGGAGAGCCUCGGUACUGGUGUCUUUGGCCCGAUGAACAUCCGCGAGCUCUGGCUUUACGACAACAAGCUGACCAGGCUGGAGGAUGGUGUCUUCAGCAACCUCACCCAUCUGGAGCUCCUGGUUAUCAGCAAAAACCAGAUCCACUCUGUGUCUCUGGGUGCCUUCCAGGGACUCGCUAAGUUGGGUGAAGUGUCUCUGCAAAGCAACCGGCUGGUCACUCUCCCAGAGAACGUCUUCACAAAACUCAAAAAUCUGGUAAACAUCUCCCUGGAGCACAACCUGUUCCAGACCCUCCCUGGUGGCCUCUUCAGUGAGCUUCCCAAGUUCAGGCACCUCGACCUACACAACAACUCCCUGCCCAACCUGUCUCAGAAGCUCCUGGACUUCCUGAAUGGCACCGAGGAGGUGGUCCUCACUCAGAACCCUUGGAGGUGUGACCAAGACAUCCUUCCACUCAGAGACUGGCUGUUGGGCCACCAGUCCAAGGUGAAGAACCUCAGUACCCUGGUGUGCCUGUCCCCACCUACCCUGAAGGGGACUCGCAUCGUGGAUCUGACUACCAAGGUCCUGCGUGACUCGGCCCGGAAGGGAAUGUCCCAGCAGAUGGUCAUCAUCACCCUCACAUUGGCCUCCACAUUGAUGAUCAUCAUCAUCAGCCUCUGCUGCCUCUUCUUGGUGGAGCGAGGAAGAGAAGAACCUCUCGAUGAACCUGCCAGCAAGCCCUUAAACCUCAAAUCAAUACUGCCUUUCCAAGGACCAACAACACACAGGUAUGUCAGGAUGAAAAGGGACUUCAGAAUUGUUUUAAUUCUCUUGCUUCAGAUCUGUUACCAUGGUAGCAGUUGCCCCUCUCGCUGCCAGUGCUUCACUCCAAAAAAAGUUUUCUGCUCAGAAGAAUUGCUCACGUCCAUACCCAAGAACCUCUCUAAGGAGGUGAAGGAGCUGGUUAUCAUGACGACGGGCCUAAUGUCUAUCGGACGAGAGGCCUUCCAGCCCAACUCCGGCCUCACUAAGCUAGUGCUCCUCAACAACUUCCUUCGCACCAUCUCUCAGGAGGCCUUUGACCACCUAAAGCAGCUGGAGGAACUGGAGAUCAGUGGCAAUCACCGGCUGGAGGCCUUGCACCCAUACACCUUCCGCGGUUUGGGUAAUCUCACCAAACUGGCCCUCAACUACAACCGCUUUUAUACUCUGAAUAUUGGCGUGUUGGACCCCCUGCAGAAGCUGAACACCCUGCAGCUGAAGGGGAAUGGCCUCAUCGAGCUCUCUGGGCGCAUAUUCGACCACCUCCACCACCUCCGUGUUCUAGACCUCUCCAUCAACAUGAUCCACACAGUGGAGAAAGAUCUCUUCAGCAACCUCACAAACCUGGAGACCCUCAAGAUGAGCUUCAACCAGAUCGGAUAUCUCCAUCCUGACACGUUUGCCAGCACACCUUACCUGAGGGAGCUGGUCCUACAGGGCAACAAAAUCACAACGCUCCAGCAGGACUUUCUCUCCAAGCUGGAGAACUUGAAGAAGCUGAACCUCCGGGGCAACAUUAUCACAAAAAUAGCCCCACGGUCCUUCCCAGCCGGUCUGAAGGAGCUCAAUCUGGAGGACAACCAACUGGAGAGGCUCUCUGCAGACACCUUCCAGCUGCUGCCGGAGCUCACUCAUCUUCUGCUGGCCAAGAACCAGCUGUCCACCCUUCCGGAGGACCUGUUCAGAAACCUCACGUCCUUGCAGGUCCUCAGUCUAUCAGAGAAUCGGCUCACAUUCCUGCCGCAGGAGCUCUUCUCUGGGCUCAUCCAUCUGAAAGUGGUCCACCUAAAGAAAAACAACCUCAGCUCUCUGCCGUCGGAGCUCUUCAAGGACCAGGCUGCGAUGGAGCAGCUCUACCUUUCCGACAAUGCGCUGACGAGCAUCCCGGACCGUUUCUUCGCACCCCUCCACCUGCUCCGAACUGUGCGGUUGCUUGGCAACCCCUGGAGAUGCGACUGCCAGACCACCUACCUGUACGACUGGCUGACGGAGAGUGGUCCUGUUGUCACGGACCGAGUCCAGAUCUACUGCGAGGACCCCGUGCCCCUCAGGGGCUACAGUCUGGUGUCUCUGAACCGGGAGCAGCUGGUGUGCGCGGACAACUUCAGCGCUUCCCUCGAACCCGCAGAUUUCUCCACAUUUCGAAGUGGAGAGAACGAGAAGCUGCAGGAGAAGAGCUGUGCUGUUCAGGAGGCCAAUGGCAAGGUGUCCGUACGCUGUACGGCGCUCAUGUGCCCGGGCAUUAAGGUGGAGGUGCUCUACUUUGACAGUGACAGCAGCCAGAUGGAAUACGUGGUCGAACGCAUUUGGUCAGACUCCGCCACCUGUGCCAAUGCCACCAUAACUCUCACGUUUUAGGAGUUACCUCCCUCCUCAUAGCUCCAGGCCAAAGCUCUCAUGGAGAUGGACUAGAACAGCCAGGCUUGUCUAUCUGUAUCUAUCUUUAUAAAUAUGACUUUAUGGAGUUCAAAUGCA